CUUUGGAUUCGAGUAAGUUCGAAUUUUUUAUUCAUUUGGCAGAUACCCUUUGCAUUUGUAAGUUGGUCUGUAAUGGCUGAAAAUUUGAUGAAGCAUGAUGUUUAUCAGGAGGAUGUAGAAGAGUACGUAUUGCUUGACCUUGAUGCUGUUUCUGGACUAGUUGACAUCCCAGCAAAGGCCCCAUAUGUUCUGUCUAUAAGCUCUAGAUCCUGGGAUUUCCAGUUGUCUAUCGGAGAAUAUGAAGAAAUAACUGGGACUUGCUUUGUCUUCUCUGAAGAUGAAGCUGCACCAGUGGAUCAUGAAGAGACUGGGCCAUCAGAAGCAAACCUCUUCAGUAGACAAUGUAUAAUAGAACCUCCAAGAAAGCAAGUAAAACCAAUAGCUCGGCUUCACAAGAUUCUAAACACUGGCAACAACAUGGAUGAGUUUGUGACAUUCAAGCCAAGAGGUGAGAUCCCUGGCUUCUUCUCAACUUGUUCUUUUCUUCAUUCAAGAGGUUAGAUCCCUGGCUUCUUCUCUUGUAGUUCUUUUCUUCAUUUUCAGUUUUGCUUGUAAGAUGCCUUACUUUCUCGUUCUUUUCUUCAUUUUCAAUUCUUCUUUGUAAGAUGCCUUACUUUUUUGGUAUUUGGCUUCCUUACUUCUUGAAGUGGAUAAGAAUCUGAGAGUACUUUGCUGCAAUUUUAGAUUUCCUUUUCUUGUUAUAGAGAAUUCAAAUGUCGGUUGAUUAAUUACAUAAACCUAUCCGUGGCUGCAAGUUUAUAUUCUAUCAUCUCAAUCUUCAUAAAAUCAGUGUCUAAGAUUUACAUGAGAGGACUCAGAAAAAGCAAGCAACAACCAACCAGUGGAUUAUAUCAAAGAAGCGAUCUGUACGAGAAGGCAUGGGCAGUGGUCUGGUUUUGCAUUGUAUGGUCCUUAUGGUUAUGGAGAAAUGGCCAAAUCUUUCAAGAGGAGGCAACUACAAUGGAAAAGGUAAUAGAGCUUGUCAAAUGCCGAUCUUUUUUUUGGAUUAAAGCUAGCAUCUGUUCUGAUCUUGAUUGGAAUUCAUGGCUAAAAUCACCAAUGGAAGCAUGUAGGCUAAGGAAUUAAUCCUUGAUUUGACUUCUUAUAUCUCUAUUUUGUGGUAUAAAUCAAUGAAUUAUAA